AUGGCGCUCAUUGGAUCCAUCGAAGCUUUCAAUCCAAGAGAGACGGAUAUUACGUCAUAUAUGGAACGUAUCGAGAUGUUAUUUGCUUGUAAUGAGGUGGUAGCCGACAAAAAAGUAUCCCUAUUACUAACCUUAAUAGGUGGUGAAGCAUACGGAGUGCUUAAAGAUUUGUUAGCGCCUACCUUACCGAGUACAUUGGCAUUUGAACGCCUUCGCACGGAGUUGGAAAAUCACUACAGCCCUAGAAGGUUAGUGAUAGCUGAACGGUAUAAGUUUUACUCGGCAGCGCAAGAAUCUAAUGAGGACAUCAAGUCAUAUGUAGCUCGACUCAAGAACUUGGCUAAACAUUGUGCCUUUGGUACAUUCUUGAACGAGGCCUUACGCGACAAACUAGUAUGUGGUAUCCGUUCAGAAAAUAUUCAACGGAAACUGCUAACAGAAGAUAAUCUGACCUAUGAACGAGCGUUUCAAAUUGCUACAAGUAUGGAGAUGGCAGAGGGUCAAAUUAAAGUCAUGGGCACCGAUGCUACGUCUGUCAAUAAAGUAAGCGUCUCAAAGUACAGCAGAAGCAAGAAGGCCGGCCAGUCAUCAUCGCAAAAUAGAGCCACAUCCAGUCAGCCCGGACAAGCCAGCAGAGCGGAUCAUCCUUCAAGCAGCACAGGCAAGACAAAAUGCGGAAGAUGCUUCAGAGUUCACUGGGAUAACAAUAAGUGCCCGGCCAUCAACUGGAAAUGUUUCUCAUGCAACCAGAAGGGACAUACAGCAAAAUCAGCGUUAUGCAAGAAUAAAAUUAACGAAGUAGCAGCGGAAGAGGCUAGUCAAGAGGAGCCAGAUACAGACGUAAAUAACCCGUCAGAGUUAGGUUGGUUGAGGGAAUCGGGGGAGAUGUAUUUCCUAAACACGUUAUGGCGUUGCAAAGGUAAUGAAAGUUUACGUAUUCAAUUGCCAGUGGAGAACAAAGUCAUUAUAAUGGAAGUCGAUUCGGGCGCAUGUAAGUCAGUCAUUCACAUAAAUGAUUAUAAGAAAUGGUAUCCGAAAAUACGCGUAGAACCGGUUACAUUUCAAUUGCGAGUAGUCACAGGCGAACAAGUCAAUAUUGUCGGUCAAAUAUCUGUUUCUGUAAGGUAUCAAAAGAAAGUAUUUGCUUUACCGUUAGUGAUAUUAGAUAGUAAGUCUAGAUUUACACCACUACUAGGUAGGAAUUGGCUGAAUAUUCUUAAUCCACAUUGGAAACAGGUCGUGGACACUAAAAUGAGCGUCGAACAGUGUAAAUUGAGCAGUAUAGGCACACAGGAGUCAGACAUUGUCAAAGGGUUGUUAGGUGAAAUCAAAAGUAAAUUUCAGCGGAUUUUCGACGAGGAACCUAAUUCGGUAAUUCAACAUUUCAAAGCUGAAAUUAAACUUAAAGACAAUGCCAAACCCAUAUUCCAUAGAGCAUACAGCAUGCCAUAUGCGGUAAAGUCAAGAGUAGAAGAAGAAGUAACAAGGAUGGUUCAAUCGGGAAUCCUAACAAAAGUCGCGCAUAGUAGGUGGGCUAGUCCCAUUGUGGUGGUACCUAAGAAAAAUAAUUCGGACAUUCGAAUAUGUGUAGAUUUUAAGAAGACCUUGAACAGGGUAAUCGAUAGAGACCACUGUGUGUUACCGUUGCCGGAGGAUAUUUUUGCUUGUCUGGGGGGGAGCAAAUUUUUUAGCGUAAUAGAUUUGCAAGGUGCAUAUCACCAACUACAAAUUGGCAAUGAUACACGUGAACUGUUUACCAUUAACACACACAUGGGUCUAUUUCGAUACAACCGUCUUACGUAUGGGGUGAGCUCAGCACCGGGUAUCUUUCAAUCAUGUAUGGAAAUGAUCCUGGCGGGUAUACCACAAGUCAAGUGUUAUCUAGAUGACAUUUUAAUUUACGGGUCAUCGUUGUUAGAAUGCCACAAAAAUGGCUUAGCGGUCUUGGAACGACUAUAUCAGUACAACGUCAAAGUUAAUAAAACCAAAU